AUGGUAAAGGUCAAUGAUAUUUCUAUAAUAUCUCUAACCCGCUGUCACUUCUAUGAAGGUCCAGAAAUAUCACUUUCAUCUACGAAUACGACGAGCCUGGACUGCGACUUCCAGACAGACAUCUGCAACUGGACACAGGCCAAGGACGACCAGGCAGACUGGCGUAGACGCCAAGGUGAGACCAACUCUUACGGCACCGGGCCGUUUUACGACCACACCUACCGCAACUUCACAGGCGUCUACAUCUACUUCGAAGGCGGCGACGUGAGAAGGGCCAACGACACAGCAUCACUGCAGAGCCCUCUACUCCCGGCUCAGACAGGGGCUAUAUUCAGCUUUUUCUACCACAUGAGAGGAUACCAGAUGGGCACUCUUAGGAUCAGGCUUGUGACCUAUGACCUUUUCGGAAGUGAAACAAGUGAAAAGAUCUUAUUUCAGAAAUAUGGCAAAGAGCAGACGAUGUGGACCGAGGCUAGGAUCGACGUGAACGAGACGGAGAGCUUCCGGCUGUUCGUUGAGGCUCUUUUGUUGCACGACUUUGACGACUACACGGAUAUGGCGGUGGACGAUUUUCGGUUCUUCCGAACGUGCAAAAGUAACCCGUGCGGGACAGACCAGACGUGUACUGACCGUCAGUUCGGCUUCGCGUGCACUUCCAACUGCACCACCGCACAGUGCCUGAACGGGGGGAUGUGCCAAGCUGAUGGAGAAAGUUACACAUGUCGGUGCGCACCGGGCUACACAGGCCCUAACUGCGAGACAGACAUAGACGACUGUCAACUGUUGCCGUGUCAGAACAAAGCCGUGUGCGUCGAUCUCGUCAACUCUUACUUCUGCGCAUGCGCCGACGGCUUCGCCGGAACUAACUGUGAGAUACAGCUGGAGACUCCGGAAUGUCACGGUUUGGUUGUUGACCUCCACGCCACGCCCCAGACUCUGACCCCGCCAAUCACAGCUGAGCUGAAUAUCACUUGCUCUUUGAGAAAGGCGACGUCGGACGAGAAACGCGUUUGCGGUGACGUCAUUAGUUCCGAUUUUGGGGGCGUAGCGUCUGUUACUCUUACCCGGAAAGGUUCCGGAGAUGUGAUCGAAGAAACUGUGUCCGUCAUGUCGUUGUUUGGAAACGCCACCGCCAAAGCUGACCACGGUAUGCUGGAGGUACAGGGUCGGCUCACACAGAUGAUGACGUCACCGAGCCCCGCAAUAGCGUCGCUGGACAACAGGUGGUUUUACCCCACAGAAGACCAGGCGGGGAACUACUCCUGUACUAUCGUCGCUAUCGGCAGCAUGGGCCGACCUCUGACCUUUCAAGCCAGGAAGAAGAUCGAAGCAUCGAUUCCCGCGAAACAGGAAGUUCGCAAAUAUGUCAUCAACCUGCACAACAACAGCUGCCCAAAGUGAAUCUUGACCUCAGGAUUAUCCGGUACUAAUUUUGUCACUUAUAUUUCUUUUACCCGUAUUUCUUUUAUCAUUUUUUUAAAAUUAUUAUAUUUUCCCAGUUUUUUAUCACUAUUUCUUUAACCACUAUUUUUUUUUCUAUCGUUAUAUUUUAAUUAUCAUUUUGUAGCAGCAAAAUUCAUUCGUCCUUACAAAAUUAAUAACAUUCAAAACACAGCCGCCGUUACCUUCAAUGUCUAGCAGUUUCCUUCGAUUGGGUUAAAUUUGCUGCUUUUUAAAGAAUAAAAAUGUAUCACGAAAGUGAAAAUAA